AUGGCGCCUUCUACGCGCUCAAGGACUGGGGCUAUCCCUUCAGGGUCUCGCAAACGUAUGGCAGAGUCGGACGACGAGGCUCAACCUGACGCGUCCUUAGCACCGGCGUCUCAACCACGGACUGGCGCCCGUAAACGCACGAAACGUACUCACGAUGACGCUGAGGUGCAGGCUCCGAAGCCAGCCGCGCGCGCGCCUCCACAGAAGGUUCGCGGACUGCUCAAGGCGUUGCCCGCCAUGCCGCUCGAUGUCCUCGAGGAAAUCUUCACUCUAUGCGACCCAGCUACUCUCGUCAGCGUUGCGCGCACGACCAAGGCAUUCUGUCGUUUACUUCAGUCUUCGGCGUUUGCGUAUGUGUGGCGCGAGGCUUUCGCUGUUAACGCCGAUAUCCCGCCGGCUCCUGAUGGGUGGUCUCUUGUGCAGUGGGCUAGCCUUCUUUUCGGCGAACGGUGCUGCCAAUCUUGUCUUAUAACGAAGGUCGACACUAUAUCAUUCGGUAUACUGAAGAGGUUAUGCGAGCGAUGCAUACGGGCUAACUUGACGGAGUGCACCGAGAGUAAGAUGGUCCACAACCUGAAGUCGUGGUCCUUGUCACUGUACAUCCCGACGGCAACCAUCCGAGAACUCGUACAGACGCGCUUCAGGGGUGCAUAUACCAAUGAAUACGUCUUUGCGUAUCAAUCAGACCUGGACACACUCGUUGCUGGUUUACAGGCUGCGAUCGAGUCCGGUGAUCAAGAUGGGCGAGAGUAUCUUCCCGAGCAACGUUUGCUAUGGGAUUCUGACAGACGUCCACAGCAUGCAUCGCACGCCGAGAAGUGGUACAGAGCCAAGAUCGAGCGGGAAGCCAAACAAAUAGAAGAUGCAAAGAAGGCCCGCAAGCGGGAACUCAAAGAUGCUAAGGAGGAACGGCGUGAUGAAAUCAUGCGCAGGAUUAGAGAAGCUGGGUACGAUACGCGCAAGGACAUCACCGGCGUUCUGAAGCUCAAAGGUAUCCACGUGGCGCAGCCGUUGACCGAAGAUGAUUGGAAGCAACUGUGGCCGUCCAUUGAACCUCUCGUGAAAGCCAGCAAAGCAAAGCGACUGGCUGAACGCGCCGAAUCCCGUCUGAAGGACCGUAUCACUUCUGCAGAGAUUCGUCUCUGGGGCCACUGGACAAAGUUGGAGAUGACCCAACGUGAACGCGCUUUCUGGCCGAGCAUGGAGCGUAUGCCCCAUUUUGAACCCAUGGCUAGCUUUCUCAAGCUUGACGUCGAGCAAACCCCAUACGGUCGCCAGCCGGAUGACUGGUACGAUCGGCUGGAAGAACUUUUUGGCCCCACCGUGGACACUAUCCGCCGCACAAUACGCGAGCUCGACCUUGACCUUGCUCGUAAGAUCGCAUUCCCGCGCGUCAGCUCUCAGAACGACGAUACUGAACGUCUGAUCCAACUGGCGACGUCCGUUUUUACGGUGGGAAAGUCCAAGUCUAGUGCGCCGAACGACGUGUACGUGUACUUCGGGCGCGAAGUCCUGCUGGCCGCACGCGACCAUGUCACUUGGCUGGAAGACCACCCCUUUAGCGAUCCGCUUCCAGCGACAUUCAGCGAGGCCGGUUCUGCUGUUGUGCGUCGUAUCCUCGAGAUAUGUAAGCUCAAGCUCUCCACGACGAUCCUCGAACUCGAUAACCACGAUGCGCACUUUAUCUGCACAACCUGCGAUCCCAAGGUGGAGACACCCAAUGGAAGCCCGUGGGGUAAGCAGCUCCCAUGUAGACGCGUCCUUUCCUGGAGAACUGCAGUUGAGCAUGCAUGCCAUACCCACGGCGACGCUGGACCAAACUCAUUCGAUCUGCGGUUCCUGGACAAGGAUGAACGUACUCUUUUGGGUGCGAAGUCAUACAAGAAGAUCGCGCGCUACUGUGACCACAACAUCAAGCAUGUAGUGCCAAACUGCUUCAGAUGUAAUCACUGCGAUGAUGACACUAAUGAAAUACCGCGAAACCGCCAGACGGCGAAGCACGGAGACGGGCUCCUGACGCUCAGGGAAGUGCUCAAGCACCUCCAGAAUAAACAUAACAUCACAGUCGGAGCUGCGAAAGAGAACGCCGACUACUGGUAUCAUCCGCGACUUCGAAGGGGUCUGUUGAAGAGCACGACGACGGAGUUCCGCCUCAUUGUUUGA